UUCAUUCCAUUUGUUUUGAAAAUAAGCGGUUGAUAACCGUUGUUUCGUCGUCGUCGUUGUUGGUCGUUUUUCAGUUACAAAAUUGAUAAUUUUUGUGUUAAUCAUGUUAUUUACGUGAAUUAAAGUAAAUGAAUUAUUUUUUUACAUGUGGUACUAAUUAGUUUGCUCAAACUUUGUGUUUUGUCCUUCAAAACGAUAAGAUUUCUUCGCUCUCUUUUGUUUACAAGGAAUUGUCACAUACUUGUUUCAAUCAUGGAGGUGGUGUCAGUCGAAGCUCGUCUAAACAAGCUUCGAGAGGAGAGGAUCGCGAGGGAAAAAGCAAGGAUCGAAAAGUUACGAGAAUUAAAUCUAAAGAAGUACAACAAAACAGAUCCUCAGCCCCAGAAAUCUGUUUCCAACUUGUCUAUCUCUAAAAGCAAAACUGACAGCGUCAAUACAAGACCUAAUGCUAUUGGCGCAGUCAGAAAUCAUUUUCACAUGAACGGCGGAUUCAGAAGACCUACAUCUGUCGCUGCUUUAACUAAGAAAAUCCCUAAUAAAGAAAACAAUAGCGAUGUUAAUAAAACUAACACAACAGGCAAUGUUGCAAAACCUAAAGACGCUGUCCAAAAUAAAGCUUUAAAUCAUGUUAAAUCUAAAGAUCUAAUUAAUAAACAUGAUAAGAAUGAUGAAGCGUCUAAAAAGGUAAUACCAACAAGUUCUAAAAUUGAAAGACCAAAAGAUGAAAAAAUACCAAUUGUCAGAACAAAAUCUAAGGAUACAAAAUUCGUUAACAGGGUUACAACUAAUACGACAGUGUUCAGAAAGAGUAUUGCACCAAAAACUGAAGUGGCCAAGACUUUGCCUAGAAAAAGUCUACCAGCGUCUACUUUUAAAGCUGGCCCGAAUAAAGAGUCAGUCUUUGACAGAUUAUACAAGCCUAAACCUGUGCAUAAAAAGGAAGUUGACGACGUUAAAAAACUCCAAAUGGACACAAAAUACUUGAAGAAACUGAUCAAAGACUCUGGUUUGAUCUUGAAUAAGAGACACACAGUUUUUGAUGUGAAACCAAAGACAAAUGUCCCAGUCAGGAGGUCAAUUUCCGCUGUACAUUUCAAGCGAAUUAGCAAGAAUGAGAUUAACAAUUGUAUUCAUAAAUGGUCAUCUAUUGGCGAGAAUAUUGACAAAGUCCAUUUGAAGGAUAUCAAUGAAGACGAGAAUGUUAAAGGCGAAAAAGUAAUUUCUGCUAUUAAAAGCGAAAGGAAAAAAGUUAAAUUUCAAACACCAGUGCCAUUGAACUUCAACACGCCGAAACCGGAAGAGUUACAAGCAAAAUUGAAGAGUUGGUUGCAAAAACGGGGCAAGUCUCUCGAGUCGUUUCAUCAUUUGCAGUGUUUUGGCCUACAUCACCUUACACAGAAUAAUUUGAAGCCGUUUGAGGCACCUAAAUUUGAUUUUGAUGAUGAGGACAAGGAGAAUAUUGCGUUGGACUCUGACAGUGACGAUGGAUCGUAUCAUGAAAACAUGAAUGAGAAGGGAACACCCGGAUUGAAUAAAUGGAGGCAAGCAAGCUUCCUCAGUGAUAGCGGGGAUAUGAAUGAGAGUGGCAACACAACAAUGACAUCGGGGGAAACGAUGCAUGUCCACCAUGUUGACGAGUUGCUGAAUGGUGCGUUGAAUGAUUUGACAGAGUUGCUUCGUGAGGGCUUCGAGUGGGAGCAGUGCGCGCGCUGGCUGCGGGCGCUGCGCGCGCGCUGCCCGGACGCACGCGCGCGCGCCGGGUACUGGGAGUGCCGCGCCGCGCUGGAGGAGCGUCGCGGGGACCUGUGCGCCUCCGUGCAGUGCUGGGAGGAGGCCAUCGCCAAGGGCACGCAGCGCUCAGUAGUAGAAGCAAACUUGGACCAGUUGCUCGACAAGUUCAUGCAACUCAAGAUCAGUCCAAACAGUGGAAAGCAGCGACCGGUGGACCCCAAAAUGGUGGACGUGAAAAACAUUUUUAAGAGCACUAUAAUAAGAUUUGCUGUACAGCAGGCUAAAUUACGCAAGUCGAUGGGUCCCGAGAGCCUCGGCGCGCAGUACACGGUGACGCCGGUGCGCCGCAGCGCGCGGCUGCAGGCGCGCGCGCCGCUGCAGCUCUGCAGCUCCGUUAGACAGGCAAGGGAAUUUGUGCAGCCACUUCAAUUUGUGCCAAACGCUCAACUCAGCGGGACUCCUUGACUUUCUCAAUUUUGAUUUAAUUAAUACGAACAGCAAUGUCGCCACUAGCGACUGUGGUCCAGAAUAGCCACUAGCGACUGUGGACAGAUAGAUUUUCGCAUUUAUAAUAUUAUUUUGGAAGUAUUCGAGUCUGAAACGGUUCUCCGACAAUUGCUUCGUCUACGAACGUUUCGUCGACAGAAUGUCUCCUCUAUUCUGUCGGCGAAUCGUACGUAGACGAAGCAAUUAUCGGAGAACCGUUCCAGACUCGUAUCCGUUCCAUACUUCCAAAUAUGGAUGGAUACACAUAAACUUAGUUUUUUCUUACAUGUCCUAUGUAAACAAUCUUACUAUGUAUUUUUAUGAUUUCACAGCAAUAUAAAGUAAAAUGUACUUUCUAGGUAAUCACUUUUGUGGUUAAAAAAUGUUUUACUUUAUAAUGUGUAAGUUUGAAUUAAUAUUUGUUUUUUUUUAAAAUCAAAAUUCAUUAAUAUGUACUGUGAAGAUUGUUUACAUGUUGAACUCGUAAGAAAUAACGGAGUGUACAUAGCUCAUUUUAUUUCUAAUUUAUCUAAUCGUAUGGCGUCUAUUCUCAUUUGAAAUGUUAUUUAAUAAAUUUUCCCAUUUCUAAUGUUUUAUUUACUUAUUGUUUGAGAAAAUAUUAAUCAAUGUAAUUACAUAACAAAUAUAAUUGUGUAUUUGACGACAUCGCAGCGCGAUAUACUUGCUAAAUUCACAUUUUGUAUGUGCUUGCAUAUUCUUUUCUUUAUGCGUGGUCAUUCGACCCGCACGACCUG